AUGAAAAAAUCCAUCAUUGUAGUCAGAGCUAUCCUACUCCUUUCUCUACUUGAGUUAUGAACUGCUAGUGGCUGUGACACAUUAAGGAUCGGAACCGAGAAAGGAGCUACUAAUGUCAUGCUAAACGGCAAACCGACUGAAAAAUAUGUACAAUUCCGAAGAAUCAGAGAUGAGGAUGAUGUUGAAGUCAAUGCUAGAACAGAUGACAGCUCACUCUAUCUUUCAGGAAUCUCCUUAGAAAAUGAACCUGAGAUUGGUAUCCAAGUUGAUCGAGAGGCUCUUGCUUCUGUUAGCUCAAAAGUCUCAGCCAUUGGAGAUAAUAAAGAUCAAUUUAAGAUUGAUCUCACCUAUAAAUGCACUGAAGAUUUAAGUGGAGUAACUGAUGUGUACAUAAAAUUCACUCUUGAUGGCGAGAAAUGCACCAAAAUAGGCAUUAGGAAGAAAUGAGGUACCAAAUAUGCAUAUGCUCCAAUAGAGAUCUCUGAGACAUCUUACUGGGGAUUAAAGAAUAAUAUUCUCACUGAUAAUGGAGGUGCUUCCAACCACCCUGAAAACUUGUUUGAUAAAAGUGGAGAUAACAAUGUGAUUAAGAAGAGCAAAGGAUAUCUUAACUUUAGAGUCAAAAAUACUGCCCCUACUGGGUCAGGAACCAGCAUUGAAAUGGACCCUCCCAUUGUAAGGGUCAAGAAUGAAGCUAAGAAUGUUGUCUAUCCAGUCCUAAGAGGAGCAGGUGCAAGAUAUCAUACUCUAAAACCAGGAGAAUACACAGAUUUCAAGUUAGAAUUUAAUUGUAUCAGUCUUGACGCAGAAGCUGAAACAUUAGAACUUCAAUUCAGACCGUCUUUCCAUUCAAACUAUGUCUUCAAAGUAACUAAGGAAUGAGAAGGGCUGACUACAACAGGAUUGAUUAAGAAGAAGUUCCAAGAUUCGCUUGUGUUUGACUUCUUCUUCCUUCUAUUCAUCAGUAUAAUAGUUCUUCUGAUGUUGACCAUCCUACUACGUAUUUACGGAAAUUAUCAAGCCAGGAAAGGGAAUGAUUCCAUUAAAAACUUCUUCAAGAGCGUCUCGAGUAGGGUGAAGUCAGGUCUACAGAAUGAGGAGGAUACCCAGCUAGAGAUGGAUGAGAUAGAAGAUGCUCAUAUGGACACUGACUACGAGUUCAACCCUGAUGACGUGCUUAACACCAACCAGAACAAUAACGAUGAUGAUUUUGGAGGUGAAGUAAAGGUCGAAUUUGGAAGAGACCAAGAGAAUCAGCACAAUCGCUAAGUUUUGUAAGGAGUAUUGUUUG